ACGAGCUCAGGAAGAGUAAAAUGGGAACGUGUGCACCAUGACACCUGCCCCUUUGUCUUAAAAAAAUUUCAAAAUCAAACACAAUUUUUGCCCAGGGCGAUGCACCAAAAAAGCUCCUUGAACCACCGUUCCAAAAGCAAAUUAAAAUAAAAUAAUCCCCAAGAGUAGUCCUUUUGACGAUUUCAAUUCACUCGGUCUUCGCUUUCUCGUUUCCUGCUCUGCUAAUCCAUUGAAAAAUCGCCAAUUUGUCUGGUGAAUGGAGGCAAUCAGAAAACAAGCCACUCGGCUCAGAGAACAAGUCGCCCGCCAACAACAGGCUGUCCUCAAACAGUUUGGUGCCGGGGGAUAUGGAGGUCCAGACAAUGUAAUUACUGAUGAAGCAGAACUCCAGCAACAUCAGAAACUUGAGAAGCUUUAUAUCUCAACGCGUGCUGGCAAGCAUUUUCAAAGGGAUAUUGUCCGCGGUGUAGAAGGGUAUAUUGUCACUGGGUCCAAACAAGUUGAAAUAGGAACAAAGUUAUCUGAGGAUAGCCGGAAAUAUGGUACUGAAAAUACUUGUACCAGUGGCAAUACAUUAUCAAAAGCUGCAUUAGGUUAUGGACGUGCUCGUGCUCAAAUGGAGAAAGAACAUGGGAAUCUGUUGAAGGCUCUUGGCACGCAGGUUGCUGAACCACUGAGAGCAAUGGUAAUGGGAGCUCCUUUGGAGGAUGCGCGACAUCUUGCUCAGCGUUAUGACAGAAUGCGACAAGAAGCUGAAGCACAGGCAAUUGAAGUUUCCAAACGCCAAGCAAGAGUGAGGGAAACACCAGGAAAUCCUGAGAGUGUCACGAAAUUGGAAUCUGCAGAGACAAAACUGCAUGAUCUGAAGUCAAACGUUGCAAUGUUGGGAAAAGAAGCAGCUGCAGCAAUGGCCGCUGUUGAAGCUCAACAACAAAGAUUGACACUUCAGAGACUUAUUGCUAUGGUUGAAGCUGAACGUGCAUAUCAUCAACGAGUCCUUCAGAUAUUUGAUCAGCUUGAAGGCGAGAUGAUAUCUGAACGACAACGAAUUGAAGCACCUUCUGCCCCUAGUGUAGACAGCAUGCCUCCACCUCCAUCAUAUGAGGAAGUUAAUGGAGUUUAUGCUUCUCAAACACAUAAUGGGUCAACAGACUGCAUGGGAUACUUUUUAGGCGAGGUUAUGCAUCCAUAUAAUGGUGAAUCUGAUGUGGAGCUUUCUUUGUCAGUUGGUGACUAUGUAGUUGUGCGAAAGGUGACAAACAAUGGCUGGGCAGAGGGAGAAUGCAAGGGGAAAGCAGGUUGGUUCCCUUUUGGUUACAUCGAAAGAAGGGAACGUGUUCUUGCAAGCAAAGUAGCAGAAGUUUUCUAGACUUCUCUUGCUUGUUGGCAUCUGAGAAUAUGAUUUUGACUGCGUGCAUCUUUUUUUUUUUUUGUUUUUUUUUUUUGCUAUAUGCAUUCAAAGGUUAAGCGAACUCAUCUUUGGCCUAAUUUUUGUGAUAUAGAUACCAAGAACACUUUCUUUUUCCCAUCAAUAUGUGAAUACAUUUUAUAUUUCUAUUUAUUUAAUUUGUGAAGUGACAUGAAUUUAUGUCUCCGAUUUGUUGCUGUUUGUUGAUUGAUGAGUGAAAAACUCUCAUUUCUUGUUUGGCUAUUCACAUUGUUUUGAUCCGAAAGACAUUUUCUGGAAGAAAACUCGUAACUUGUCAUAUCAACAGAUGCUUUGGUCAUCUUGUUUUGUGGUCCAUCACCAAACCUCUUGUCCUAUGUUUUUUAAUCGGUUUCCAGAUUCCACAUUGAUGUUUAUUCUGUUGUAAUUUUGUAAGGCAAUGGCGAUUUUUCAGAAACUGACCCGACGAUGGUGAGGUCUAUCAUUUUUGCGGUUAGAAUUAAACAUGGGAAAAUUGACGAUUUUUUUUUUUAAACCCUAUGGCCUAAACUAAAAACAUUGAGGAAUAUCCAUGUCCUCUUAAAUUCUUCUUCCAAUAUCUUAUAAGGAAGCCACAACUGUUAAUGCAUCCAUACAUUAUUCCCCUCUUUUCUAUGGUUGAAAACUCGCUGGAUUUCCUUUCCAAACAUAAAAGAAAAAAGAUACAACAGCGUCAUAGCUUUAGGCUAAUUUCCUUGGACAUUAGGGGAACAACAUCAGAUGUACAGUUAUGUGUAGCUUCUUCAUAGCAUUGUAUACAAAUAUAGAAAAAAAUUAAAAAAAAAAAAAAA